AUGGGAGCUCCGCCAACCAACCCAAGGAAGAAGGUCACCCUGGGUACCUUGAGAACUCUUCACAAGAAGCGUGAGCCCAUCACCGUCAUGACGGCCCAUGAUUUCCCAAGUGCCCAUGUCGCCGACCAUGCCGGAAUGGACAUCAUCCUUGUUGGUGACAGUCUGGCCAUGGUUGCACUUGGUAUGGAGGACACCAGCGAGGUCUUGGUCGAAGAGAUGCUGCUGCAUUGCCGUUCUGUAUCCCGGGCUACCAAGUCCGCCUUCACCGUCGGCGAUCUGCCCAUGGGUAGCUAUGAGAUUGCCCCAGAGCAAGCACUCGAGACUGCCAUCCGCUUCGUCAAGGAGGGCAGAGUCCAGGGCAUCAAGCUCGAGGGCGGCAAGGAGAUGGCCCCGACCAUCAAAAAAAUUACCACUGCUGGUAUUCCCGUGCUCGCCCACAUUGGUCUGACGCCGCAACGGCAGAACGCCCUCGGGGGUUUCCGAGUACAAGGCAAGACCUCUGAUAGUGCCUUGAGGGUGCUCGAGGACGCCUUGGCAGUACAAGAGGCCGGUGCCUUUGCGAUGGUCAUUGAAGCCGUCCCUGCUGAAGUCGCUGCACUCAUCACAGAGAAGCUAUCGGUCCCUACCAUCGGCAUCGGCGCCGGAAACGGCUGCUCUGGUCAGGUGUUGGUGCAAGUAGACAUGACUGGUAACUUCCCGCCCGGCCGUUUCAUCCCCAAGUUCGUCAAGAAGUACGGCGACGUCUGGGGAGAGAGCCUGAGGGCUAUCGAAGCCUACCGCGACGAGGUCAAGAGCAGGCAAUACCCGGCCCCGGAACACACAUAUCCCAUCACAAAGGAGGCGCUUGAGGAAUUCUCCAGCACACUGGAGAAGCUGUGA